AUGUUAAUUUAUCAAGUGAAGAAGAAAAUAAACCAAUUGCAGAAAGUUCUACUAGUGGUCACAGAAAGUGAGGUUGGUCACAAGGAUAAGUGGCUACAAAAAGCAAAAAAAAGGCAAGAAAGCUCAGCUGUUCAAUAUCUUGUUCAAGAUAUAGAAGUAUAUAUUAAUAUUAUUGAAGAGCCUGUUAUAACAGAAGAAUUGCUUGAGGAUAGUGAAAUUAUUAAUAUGCUUCAGACUGAUGAUAUGAUAAAAAAUGACAUACUUAAUUUAGAUAAGGAAAAUAAAGAACCUCCACCAUCUCUCAUAUUCAUAAUGGAAAUAUCAAUUUUUGAAGUGAUGAAAAUUGAAGCGAAAAAACAGAUAAGUUUGGAUACUUGGUGA